CCGAAGCUGUUGGGCUGGUCUCCAUCCCUCUAUCGCGUUCCCAAAUCCAUGCAAACACGCGUCACCCAGAAGCUUCUUCUCAAGCCUCCUCUCACACCCUUCGUCGUCUUCUUCUUCUCCACUCUCUCCGACUCCAAACCCCAUUCCCACCUCCCCCCAAGCUUCGCCCCCAUCCUCUCCCUCCUCUCCUCCUCCUCAUCCUCCGACCCCCGCGCCCUUCUCGCUCUCUCCGCCACCUCGGGCCUCCUCAGCGACCACUCCGCCGCGCGCCGCCUCCUCCUCUGCCUCCUCCUCCACCGCCCCNCCUUCGCAGCCACCGUGUUCGACUCCCUACCCAACCCCGACGCGGCCGCAUGGAACGCCAUGAUCGCCGCCCACGCCAGCCGCCGCUCGCCGGAGCGCGCCCUCGCCCUCUACUUCCGCAUGCGCGCCGGCCCCGCGCACCCCGACGCACUCACCUUCGCCCUCCUCGUCAAAGCUUGCAUCUUGGGGCCCCUCGGCGACCCCCGAGGCGAAUUCGCCGCCUUUGGAGGCGUAGUUCAUGGUCAGGUGAUCAAGUGCGGGGUCGAGGAUUUGCUUGUUGUUAAGAAUUCUCUGUUGAAAAUGUACUCUGAUUUGGGCCUAUUGGAAAGCACCCGCCAACUGUUUGAGAUUAGCUCCGUUUUGGAUUUGAUCUCUUGGAACACCCUGAUAUCGGCUUAUGGGAAAAAUGGUGAUUUGGGUAGUGCGCGGGAGAUGUUCGAUAGAAUGCCUGAGAGAAAUUUGGUCUCUUGGAGCGCUAUGAUCGACGGGUACGUCACGAACGGUGAGUUUUCGGAGGCGUUGAGGUUGUUUAGUGUGAUGCAGGGUGAGAAGGUGAUGCCUGAUGUUGUUACCCUGGUGAGUUUGUUGAAGGCGUGCUCGCAAUUGGGUGCGCUCGAUCAGGGCCGGUGGAUUCAUCUCUAUGUUGAUAGGAACGGAAUCGCAAGAAAUGGUAAUGUGGUACUUGAGACAGCUCUUGUAGAUAUGUACUGUAAAUGUGGGUGUAUAGAUGAGGCUUCGAAAGUGUUUGAUAGUGUUCGAAAUGGGGAUGUCGUGUUGUGGAAUGCAAUGAUAGGUGGGCUCGCGAUGCAUGGUCACGGAGAGCGAGCUCUUAAUCUCCUUCGGAGAAUGAAGGAGAAGAAGUUAUCUCCAAAUGAGUCGACUUUUAUUGGGGUGUUGAGUGCUUGUAGUCAUGCGGGCCGGGUCAAAGAAGGGAAGGAUAUUUUCGAGUCGAUGAAGGAGUUCGGUGUUAGUCCUCAAAGAGAGCACUAUGGAUGUUUGGCCGAUCUUUUGUGCCGGGCCGGGCUUGUGGAGGAGGCUGAGGAGGUCUUGCAUCAAAUGCCAAUGGAGCCUCACGCGGCACAAUGGGGUGCACUUUUGUCGUCGUGUCGGACUUACAACAAGCUUGAAGUGGGGGAGCGUGUGGGGAAGCGUAUGAUCUCCUUGGAACCGUUCGAUGGGGGCCGAUAUGUUAUGUUAGCAAACAUAUAUGCCGCUAACGGUCGGUGGGAAGAUGUGAAGGAAGUGAGAAGGGCAAUGGAAGAGCGAGGGGUUAAGAAAGAGACCGGGUGUAGUUCCGUAGAGUGGAAUGGGGUUGUUCAUGAGUUUGUUGUGGGGGACAUGACUCACCCUCAAAGUCGAGAGAUCUAUGCGUUGUUGGGGGAGAUUGAGAGGAAAUUGGAGGGAGUUGGGUAUGUGAGGGACACUUCUCAAGCGUUGGUUGAUAUGAAUGAUGAGGAAGAGAAGGGGAAUGUAUUGAGUUAUCACAGUGAGAAGUUGGCAAUGGCAUUUGGGAUUCUUAACAUCGAACGUCAGCAACCGAUCCGUAUUGUGAAGAACCUUAGGGUUUGCAGGGAUUGUCAUACACAUGCUAAAAUUGUUUCGAAGCUCUAUCGAAGAGAGAUAAUCGUGAGGGAUCGGAACAGGUUUCACAAGUUCAAAGAUGGAUUGUGCUCUUGCAAUGACUAUUGGUAAUGAUAGUUUACUCACAUUUUAGUCUCAUUAUGUGGCCAAGUAUAUGUAAUAGAUCGACUGCGGGAAGUAAACAGAUUGUGGUAGGCGGGUUAUCAGAAUCAGAUGUUUGCCUCGUGUAGGUGCUGACAUUGAGUUGUACAACUAGAAAUAAAGUGUCGUGCGUUGUGUAGAA